CGUGAAAGGUCAAAGCCAGAAGUUAAAUUGUAAUUUGUAAUUGCAAAUAAAAAAUAAACAUUCUAGAAGCACUGGAUCAUUUUCGAUUGAUCACCAAAAGUUUUUAAUUUUGAAAAAUGGAAGAAUGUGAGCUGCAAAAUAUUUGCAGAGCUUGUCUAACUGAACAGGGUGAAUUUCAGUCAAUAUUUGUUCCAGAAAUUAGUUCUGGAAUAUCACUACAUAUUUCUGAAAUGAUGACUGCCUGUGCUUCUAUCCAAAUCACUGUAGGAGACGGUUUACCUGAACAAAUUUGUAAAACCUGUGCUGCCGAUACUCUUAACUUAUAUUUAUUUAAACUAAAAUGUGAGAAAACGGAUAAAACAUUAAGAGAAAAAUUGCUAAAGAAUGAUGUGUGCAAUUCAGAUAUUAUAAAAUGUAAUGAAAAUUUAAUACUGGCUGAACAUUUAAAAUGUGAGGAAACUGAAAAUAACACAAAUGAUAGAAAUUUAAAUGAGUUUGAUUCUUUCUUUGAUUCUUAUAGUAAUGAUAGUUAUGAAUCUGAACAUGAUAAGGAAAAAAAUGAAAUGACCCCAAAAGAAAAACCCAGAGAAUUCUGGUGUGAUAUUUGUACCAAACAGUUUACAAGGAAUGAUUUACUUUUAAGGCACCGGAUAGCACAUGCCAUGAAAAUGGAAAAUCAAAAACUUGAAUUUGAUAGUAGUUAUCAGUUAGAUGGGGAUGAUGAUGAAGAUAAUUAUGUAGGAAUUAAAGAUUUAGUGUAUGCUUGCAACAAGUGUGAUUCAAUAUUUGUUCAAAAAGAUGAUUUAGAUACCCAUCUAAAAUCUCAUUUUAAAGAAGAAUACAAUGUUAGCUGUCAAAUUUGCCAUAAAAAGUUUUCAAAAUUAGCCCAUUUAAACAGGCAUUUAAGAUCUACUCAUUUUAUUGAAAAACAGUACAAAUGUGAAGUAUGUGAAAAGUCGUAUCACAGGCAAGAACAAUUGAGAAAUCAUAUGAAUGGUCAUACAGGACUCAAGCCACAUAUCUGUGAUAUUUGUUGUAAAGGUUUUAAUCAAAUCUCAAAUUUAAAAGAUCACAUGCGAACGCAUAACGGAGAGAAACCUUUUCUCUGCUCUACCUGUGGGAAGGGAUUCAAUCAACUGGGUAAUCUCAGGCAACACACAGUUAGGCAUAGCGGAAUCAAAGCUCAUCUCUGUAGCACUUGUGGUAGUGGAUUUGCCAGUAAGGGAGAGUUGUCAGCACAUUUGAGAAAACAUACUGGUGCUCGACCCUUUGUAUGCUCUGUAUGUAACCACGGAUUUACUACAUCUAGCUCUCUAACCAAACAUAAAAGGAUUCACUCAGGAGAAAAGCCUUACGAGUGUGAUACUUGUAAGAUGAAAUUUUCUAGGUCUGGAAUUCUAGCAAGGCAUAAAAGAACUCAUACAGGAGAAAAGCCUUAUAAAUGUAAAUUCUGUUUAAAGGCAUUCUCACAAUCUAAUGACUUGACAUCUCACCAAAGGAUCCAUACUGGAGAAAAACCAUUUAUCUGCGACGAAUGUGGACAGGCUUUCAGACAAAGUUCAGCCUUAAAGACGCACAAGAAGACCCACAUUGAGAAACGUGUCUCCCAGAUUAAAAUCGAGAAAAAUACUUGCAUAGUGGAGGCGAAAUCUAUUUUUUUAAAAGGAACUUUUAACACAGAAUUUUUACCCGGUUUUUAAUAAUUACAGAUGUUACAGAUCAAUCUUAAGUCACAAGUAAAGAGAUCCUGUUUAACGAUGAGCAUCUUCGUAUUAAAAAAACUGUGAUGCCCUC